CGGGCCGGUUCGCGGGCGCUGCCAGUCUCGGGCGGCGGCGUCCGGCGCGCGGACGGCCUGCUGGGUGGGCUGGGGGCCGAGCAGUGCGAGGGUGAGGCGGAGAGAGAAGGGGCCAAGGAGCAGCCACGGCGACAGAAAAAUUGCAAGACCUAGUCCAAGGAAUGCCCAGAUUCACCAGUUGUUGGUGUACACGCUUGUUCAAACUUACUGAGCUGACUACUUAAGAUCUGGGCAUUUUACGGUUUUCUACUAACAAAAGACCAUGACUACUGAUGAAGGUGCCAAGAACAAUGGAGAAAACCCAGCGGCAGCUGUGGCUGAACGCGGAGAGGAUAUUACCUCUAAAAAAGAUAGAGGAGUAUUAAAGAUUGUCAAAAGAGCGGGAAAUAGUGAGGAAAUGCCAAUGAUUGGAGACAAAGUUUAUGUCCAUUACAAAGGAAAAUUGUCAAAUGGAAAGAAAUUUGAUUCCAGUCAUGAUAGAAAUGAACCGUUUGUCUUUAGUCUUGGCAAAGGCCAAGUUAUCAAAGCAUGGGACAUUGGGGUGGCUACCAUGAAGAAAGGAGAGAUCUGCCAUUUACUGUGCAAACCAGAAUACGCAUAUGGCUCUGCUGGCAGUCUCCCCAAAAUUCCCUCGAAUGCAACUCUCUUUUUUGAGAUUGAGCUCCUCGAUUUCAAAGGAGAGGAUUUAUUUGAAGAUGGAGGCAUUAUCCGAAGAAUCAAACAGAAAGGAGAAGGAUAUUCAAACCCAAACGAAGGAGCGACAGUAGAAAUCCACCUGGAAGGCCGCUAUAAUGGAAGGAUGUUUGAUUGUAGAGAUGUGGUAUUCAUCGUUGGGGAAGGAGAAGACCAUGACAUUCCAAUUGGAAUUGACAAAGCCCUGGAGAAAAUGCAGCGGGAAGAACAGUGUAUUUUAUAUCUUGGACCACGAUAUGGUUUUGGAGAGGCAGGGAAGCCUAAGUUUGGCAUUGAGCCUAAUGCAGAGCUGAUAUAUGAAGUUACACUGAAGAGCUUCGAAAAGGCCAAAGAAUCCUGGGAGAUGGACACCAAAGAAAAACUGGAGCAGGCUGCCAUUGUCAAAGAGAAGGGAACUGUGUACUUCAAGGGAGGCAAGUACAUGCAGGCAGUGAUUCAAUAUGGGAAGAUCGUGUCCUGGUUAGAGAUGGAAUAUGGCUUAUCAGAGAAGGAAUCUAAAGCUUCUGAAUCGUUUCUGCUGGCUGCCUUCCUGAACCUGGCCAUGUGCUACCUGAAGCUUAGAGAAUACACCAAAGCUGUUGAAUGCUGUGAUAAGGCCCUUGGACUAGACAGUGCCAACGAGAAGGGCUUGUACAGAAGGGGGGAAGCCCAGCUGCUCAUGAACGAGUUUGAGUCGGCCAAGGGCGACUUUGAGAAAGUGUUGGAAGUUAAUCCCCAGAAUAAGGCAGCGCGACUACAGAUUUCCAUGUGCCAGAAAAAGGCAAAGGAGCACAACGAGCGGGACCGCAGGAUAUAUGCCAACAUGUUCAAGAAGUUUGCAGAGCAGGAUGCAAAGGAAGAGGCCAGUAAGGCAGUGGGCAAGAAGACUGUAGAAGGGGUCGUCAGCCGUGAAAAAGAACCAGAGGGGCAAGCGAUGGAAGAGAAAGCCGGAGGCCACGUAUGACACCACGCCAAGGAGGGAAGAGCCCUGAUGAACUCGGCCCCCUCCUCCAUGGGCUUUCACCCUACUCAGGACUAAACAGUGUUUAAUGUAAAGUUUGUUAUAGUCUGUGUGAUUCUGGAAGCAAAUGGCAAAACCAGUGGCUUCCCAGAAAACAGCCACCCUGCUGCUGCCCAGUGCUCUCCUCGAGGGGGUGGCAUGGGACCACUCCAGGUGGAACAAAACGGAAAUGACUGUUGGUGUGGCAAGGCUGAGCCAACAGCUCGAGUCCAGCUCAUUUCAGUUUAUGUCAGCCUUUGACAUCUAAUUCAGGGUCCCUUGAGAUAAUCCUAACAAUUUGGGGCUGUCUGUCAGGUUUUACAUUCGAUUGAACUUCAGUAGCACUGCGGAAACCUAAAAAUAAUUGCUUAAUGAGUUUCUCCUUUCCUACAGUUGGGUGGGGGAGAGGAGGAGAAGGUUUGGCUUUUUUAAAUGACUGAAGUGCUAGCAUUUUUUAACCAACAGAACCCACAGUUGAGGCGUCUGGAAUCCCCUCAGGUCCUCAGCAGCCGCCAGACUUGAAAACCUCAGAGGCCACCGGCUCACUGACUCAGCCAAACUCCCUCCUCCCUAAGCCAGCCUCCUUGGGAGAGUGGGUUUCUCCUGCACCCAGCCUGGCCCUGGAGGAGGGACCCUGUCAUUCCCAAAACAUUCUUUAGCGACAGUAAUGAGCAGAGCAGUGUGUGGGCUAGCUUUCCCUGCCUUAGGUGAAGCUCUGAGAUGCUGAAGCGUGAAAAUAGCCGUCAGAAUUGUGCUUUCCCCCCUCCUCUGGCCCUUCUAGGAGAAAUGUGGAGGACAGCCCUGCCUGCCAGCAUUGCUACCGUUCACUUUCUUCUUUCCAUUCUGACCAUUGCUAUUACGUAUUUAAGACUUGUUCUUAUAAUAUCUGACCUGGAGUGGAUUUAGUUACAUAUCCACUUAGGAUCCCCGCGGCUUUUGUUUUUGUCUUUUAAAAAUUACUGCCUUGUAAACAUGUAUACUGAUUUAUGGAACUUUAUUUACACUCCUCUAUCAUGCAAAAAAAUCGACUUUUUACUACUAUGAGUAGCUUAAUUUUUAAAAACAAAAUCUGGAGUUGUAAAAAUAUGUAGUUGCUCUUGGGCAUUAAGGGUUUUCCUCACAGGUUUGGCACGCAGUAGCUUUCCCCUCCUGCUGAUAGCUUCUUUGUUCUGGUGUGGGUUGUGAAAAAGAAUCGAAAACCGCUUCCUGUGCAGGCACAUCUCGCCUUGAAAGCUCCAGUACUGGGGCGGUGAAUCGGGGCAAGUCUUAAAAUACGUACACGCAGUGGAAUCUUGGUCCUUACGGGUAAGCGAGAUUGAGCGUGGCUUUCUCUCCCCACAGCCUGAAGGCUCUCGUGGGAAAGCGCCUGCAACUGAAGGAAACAGUCGCUCCGACCUGCAACAUCUCAUUUGUAAAAUCCUAAAGAACACUGGCAAUUAGCUUCAUUUUUACUUUUAUGGUGGUUUUAACAAAACACUUUCGUUGUUAGGUUAGGACCCACGUGGCCACCUAAAAAUUCAUUUCCUUUUAUACCAGUUCUCUGCUCCAUGGAACAAACGGAAUGAAAUUGUGAGUUUCUCUUUUGACAGCUAGAAUCCUUUUAAUUUCUGACUUUUGUCUUUUUUGAUGAGAUUUCUUCAAAAGCCCCAGUCUCGCCUAGGAAAUAUGAAAAGCAAAAGUUGAUUUUGCUUUGUUUGCUUAACUGUUUAGUAUUUGUAGCUCUGUUGACUAGAGCAUGACUUCAAUGAGGCCAAUACUGAGAUUUCAUCCUAAAAAGGCCAGUUAGUGUUUUGCAGGUAACAAAAGAACAAUUCCAAAAAUUAGAUCACCCCAGCCAACUGUCUCCCAGGUGUGUGUUAUGGGUCACCGGAUUGGGGGAGGGGGUAGGGAGGGCAAGAGUGCAGGGAGGGGAGGGAAGGGGUGUGUGGGUGGUUCUGAGCAAAUGAUUGUGGGUGCCCAUCGCCUCUCGAGAAGAAGAAACUUCAUAUAUUCUUAUAUCAAAUUCAGUGAUCUUAAUUUGUCUAGAAAUCAGCAGAUGUGUUUGAACCAUCUUUUAGACUACGUAUGGAGUGGUGAGGCAGCAUAUGAUGAAUUAAAAACUUGUUUUUAAAAAAAAUCACUCAGAUACACUUUUUUGUGUUCCUCAAAUAAAUUUUAAAAACAACCAGACAUAAACUUUCCAUUAUUCUUGGUUUUGCUUCAGUAGUCUUCAGGAAACGUUCUUUUGGUUGGAAAACCAUGGGGGCCAAGUUGAAGACGUGUGACAUCAGAAAAUUGGCUGGAGGCCAUAUUGUCUUCCUUGCUCUGAGGACAGCUGGAAACCAGCGUGGGACUAAAGGUGGCAGGAUGAUGCAUCUUUGUGCAGAUGAACCACAUGAUCAGAGAGACCAGAGGAUUUUGUUUUCUCAUCAGCCUGUGGAUAUUCCGCCAUUUUAACUGAUCGUAAGGUUCAUUUGGGAAAUGAAGAGACUUCGUAGUGCCCUUUAAUAAAUACGCAAAACAUAAGCGUGCAUCAGGGGAUAUUCUGGCUUAAGUGUGCAUGUCCUCUAAGUAGCAUAUUUCAUCAGAUACUCCUGGUUGCAUACUCUGAAGGCCAAAGGAGAGGUCACACAUAUUCCAAAAGAAAGGUGACACGGGGCUGGGUGGUGACAAGCCUAUCUCCAGUAGCACUAGGGGCAUCUGCGGAUAGGUCAUUGCAGGCUCCAGAGACCUUAUCUUUUAUCCUUCUGAAUUCCUUGCUUCAUCUCUGGAUUUGAAUUAUACUCCUACCCCUUUGCUGCUAAAUUACUUGAAAAUGAAAUAAUUGUCUUUAUUUGCAUGAUUUUUUAAUAUAUAUAUUUUUUACUUAUCUUGAGAGGUGGGGGGAGAGAAUCCCAAGCAGGCUCCUCAUUGUGCAACGCGUGGCUCAAACCCACCAACCAUGAGAUUGUGAUGUGAGCCAAGAUCAAGAGUUGGACACUUAACGGGCUUAACCACCCAGGCGCCUCUGCAUGUUUUUGCUAAGCAAGUAAUACUCUUGCUAGGGGUAUUAAGGAUAGCCAGAGGUGUGGUUUCCCAGCUGUGACCUGGGUAACUCAAGGCAGCCUGCAUCCACUCCAGAGAUGAGUGUGUCAGUGAAGAGCUUUGUCCACAUGUAUUCAGCCUUUUUAGCAUCGUGCAUCAGAAUGUAGGACUGGCAACCCUGGGAGACUUGCCAGCGUUAGUGACAACAUGCACUGAAUUCAGACUGAUGAGUCAAGAUCCCAAAACUAAGAACUCCCUAGCCUAGCUGUAUGUUAUUUCUAUCCGCUGGCUGCUCACAUGCUCGAGUAGCAAUGACUGAUAAAAGUGUACAUAAAAGCACAUUCCGUAAUGGCUUGAAAAUGUCUUGAGGGACACCCACUCGGUGCUGCCUUGCAUAUUUUUCUCUCCUUCAUGUCUGGGAGGCAGGGAAAGGAUACAGAGAAGGCACAAUAAUUUCAUCACUGCUGUUUGCAUAAUUUAUCUCUUGAUCUAUAAUUGAACAUAAUCUACACAUGUGUCCUUAGUAAUACAUUGCAAAAAAGGAACAUCACCGAAGGUAACUCCCAAGAAGAUCUUUGUCAGCAUUUUGUUGGGGCUAACGGCUGCCUAGAGACGGGACAUCUUGAGCCUAGUCCUUGUUGCAGGAAUUUCCAGAGGACCUUGGGAAAUCACAUGUGGAGGCCCCAGAAUGGUGAAGUGGCUGGCCCACAGUCACCCAGGUCGACUGAUGUCCUUACACAAUUCCAAAAUAGGCCCUUUUCCAGUCUGAAGCAUGAUCUCUUGGCUGAUGGAACGAGAUGUUGUUAGUUCUUUAAAAUCCCCAAGCAUUUGGUUGAACGGAAAUGGCAGCAGAGCCAUAGGCCUCAUACUCCACUUUGGGGUACAAAUACGGGAAAUGUAAAGCAUAGGCAUGAUUUGCUUUUUAAACAAUGCUGGGGGGCGGGGAGUGCCUGGGGGGCUCAGUCGGUUGAGCAUCUGACUCUUGACUUCAGCUCAGGUCACAGUCUCACAGUUCAUGGGAUCAAGCCUCGCAUCAGGGUCUGACAUAAUCAAGGGCAAGUAGUAAAAUGUUGAGUGACGCCAGGCGUUGACAAGGGUAGGGUAGAUCUCAGCUGCUAAGAACGGUGCAUAGGAAAAGCUGUCCUGCAGUUGCAAGCUAAAACUGGUCAUUACUAUUUACUGGGUGCUUCCUCUACAAGGCACUCAACCACCUCGCCUUUUGCUGACCUUCCAAAUAUGAAAAGAGUAUUGUUGCUGCAUUGUUGCCACCUUCCAAGUCUCUCACAAGAUCCCUAACCCAAAACUGCAAGGAAGGAAUGUAUUUCAAACUGGGCUUAGCUGACACGUUGCAAAUACACUAAGUGUCCAAGGCUUUCUUUAGGUAUUAAAUAUUUCUGGCCUGGGUCUGCUUUGGAUCAUGUGUUUUCAUAAGAUAACUCCUUGCUGUACACAUUAUGACUUGGCUUUAAAAUUAGCUCCUUAAAAAUGUCUGACCAAGAAAGUAAGCUGGGAAGAACAAGCCAGUGACUGGUAUUUGGGGAUGCCACGUCCAAUUCUAGUGCUCUACUAACUUCUCCGAUGUCUGCUCACAGCCAUCUUUUCACACUGAGAAUUCCUCGUCUCUUUGGUCUAAACACUUAAGCCCACGUGUAUACCCUCAAUCUCUACAGAUAGACCUACGUCUUCCUGAAAAUGACACCAGCCUGAGCACACAAUUAGUAUUCAUGUGAUCACCCCUAAAGGAUCCAGGAACUCCUCCCUUAUUCCUUGACUCAUCACCGCGCCAGCACCCAGUACACCAUCACCACUCUAGAACAUAGUAGAUGGCUUAGUAAAUUGGUUUUCUGUUGUUUCUCAUAAAGCAGCUCCACAGCUCAAUCUCCGUGGUCCUUCAUCCCUGUUACUUGUCUUGGUAAUGUGGAGGCCAGUACCACGUGGUUUUCCAGCAGUUACUGCAACAUGAUUCUGAUCUUGAAUUCCUUGAGGUGGUGAACGAGGAGCAACUUGACUUGAGGGGGUCAUAACUGCAAAACGGGUCUAUGGUCUUCAGGCUCUCGUGAUUUGAAAUCUACCUCCAGUCAUCGGAGUUAACUCAUGAUAACUCAGAGUUCAUCAGCCUAAACAGAUCAAAUGGAGGAGGAUUCUGGGAAGAUGGCAGAGUAGGAAGCACUAGGAAUCUCUCCCCACCUAGACAACAGUUGCACUUGCAGACUCUGUCUGAUGUAACUAUUUUGCAACUCUGGAGUCUGUUGAAGACUGGCAACUUCCUGAGGAAGGCAUGGAUGGUAAAUUGCGGCCAGUUUCACUCAAUUUUUACUCUUAGCACCGUAGCAGCUUACCCAUCCAUCAUUUCAGCGUGGAGCCUGAAGCAAGGAUUCAUCUCAUGACUGAGCUCAUGACCUGAGCCAAAAGCAAGAGUCGGACACUAACCAACUGAACCACCCAGGCAGUCCAAAGUAAAUACAUGUAAAAGCUAGUAUUGCAAUCUCUAUUAAAAUAACACCAGUAUUCUUCACAGAGCUAAAACAAACAAUUCUAAAAUUUGUAUGGAACCACAAAAGACCCUAAACAGCCAAAAUAAUGUUGGGGGAAAAAAAAAUCUGGAGGCAUGAUAACCCUGGACUUCAAGCUGUAUUACAAAGCUGUAAUCAUCAAGACAGUAUGGUACUGGCACAAAAACGGACACAUAGAUCAAUGGAACAGACUAGAGAACCCAGAAAUGGACCCACAAACGUAUGGCCAACUAAUCUUUGCCAAAGCAGGAAAGAUUAUCCAAUGGGAUAAAAGACAGUCUCUUCAGCAAAUGGUACAGGGAGAACUGGACAGUGACCUACAGAAGAAUGAACCUGGACCACUUUCUUACACCAUACACAAAAAUAAACGAAAAACGGAUGAAAGGCCUAAACAUAAGAGGAAGCCAUCAAAAUCCUAAAGGAGAAA